AUGGGGCACUGCGACGGGGAGAUCGGCGACGGCUGCAGCGAGGACCGCCUCAGCGCGCUUCCCGACGACCUUCUCAUCCACAUCCUCCUCAAGCUCCGCAAUGCCGCCGCCGCGGCGCGGACCAGCAUCAUCUCCAGUCGCUGGCGCCGCCUCUGGACGCUGCUCCCGGAGCUCUGGUUUAAGACCUCCACUGAUCCCCACGGCAUCCGCGCCACCCUCCUAUCCCAUGAAGCGCCGGUCCUACACCUCCUCGCCGUCAGCUUACGCGACGCCUCUCCGGAGUCCGUUGCGGUCUGGCUUCCAAUCGCCGCACGCCGGCUCUGCGCCAAUCUGCUCCUCAUCAACAAGGUGCUGACGGAUGACGAGGCGCUUGAAGAGGCGCCGCUUGAAGAAGGCACCCUUGAGCUGCCCUGCUUCGAGAACGCCAUCUCGAUCCGCGUCAAUCUAGGGUAUCUUGGCCUCGCCGUGCCGCCUUCUGGAGUAUUCGCUCGGCUCACCCAUCUCUUCUUGGCUUGCUUCGAUAUAUGGGAACCGGGCAUGCUCGAUGAUGUUGUCUCCUCGCGACGCUGCCCGGUGCUACGGAAACUUAACCUCCAUCACGCCUUUGGUCUGGACAACUUUGAAAUCCACUCGGAUUCUCUCCGAAAAGUCGAGCUAAAGGAUCUGCAGCCAGACAAUCCCCUUGGUCUAGGCAACUUCACCAUUCAUUCUGAGUCUCUCAGCGAAUUGGAGCUCACAGAUCUGCGUGGGUUGCAGCAGCUCACUGUUGUGGCACCGGCACUCAUACGGUUAAAGGUGCACAACUGUUUUGCUUCGAGUUAUAAUCAACCGGUUGCAAACAUCUCUGCCCCUCAGCUGGAGUCCCUUAGUUGGAAUGAUGCCUAUGAUCCAGUCUCCACCCAGUUUGGCAACAUAGAAAAUCUAAAGCGGCUGGACACAUACCCUUUGCUUGUUCAUGGUGGAAACUAUUCACGUGAACUUUAUGGCUACUGUGCGAAUCUUCUACAGCGCUUUGAGCUCAUCCAGACUCUGAGACUCGACCUUGCCUAUAUGCCGGAUAUUACUCCCUAUGAGUACUUGAUGGAAGACAUUACAAGGCUACCAAACAUCGCAGUCAUGGUCCUGAAUAUAGAGCCUAGCGGGCAUUCCUUUGGAGCCAGUUUGUUCCAUCUACUCAGUAUGUGUACUGGUCUCAGAAAGUUGACUCUCAUACUUCGUGGCACAGCUAGCCAUCCACUGGCACAAACUGUGUGCUCAUCAGGUUGUGUUUGUGAUCAGCCGCCAAACUGGAAAACCGAGGAACUCACGCUGAAUUGCCUCAAAGCGGUAGAACUUAGUAACUUGGGAGGAACCGACCAUGAAGCUGCUCUUGUGAAACGGCUAUUCGGUUGGGCAACAGUGCUAAAAACCAUGACAGUAACUUUCGACCGCUCAGUCACUGGAAGUAAGGCCAAGGAAUUCUGCCAGAUGCUACAAAGCAUUUCAAGGCCAGAAAUAUGUCUGCAAGGGCCACACUUUGCCUGAUCUAGUUAUGUCGGUACACUUAGUGCCACUUGUUCCAGAACAUUUUGCAUGUCUUGGAAGCUUGUCGUUUAUGCUGUUGGCCGUUCUGUAGUCCUGGUCUCACCUCACUAUCAGAUGCAAUGUUACGGACAUCAGAAUCUGGUAUACCCUUCUGAGAUGUUAGAGGCUGUAUCAGUUGCACUCUUGCCACUAUCUUAUAUAUGUUGCUGGAUGUACUGGACUGCUGAAAAACAUGCUUCGUGGUUCAUUACUGUA